AACCUGGAGAGUGCUCUGCCCUGUGGCCACGGUCUCCCAGCAAUGGUGACCGAAAACUGCGGCUGAGAGUCCCCGAGCAGUCGGGCAUGACUGCCCCAUUCUCCAUUGGCACGGUGCACACGACUCUGCUCAGGAUUAACAACAAGUAUGGAGGUGUCAAUGUGGAUGUCCAGAUCACAGAGGGUGCGGCGUAUGUGAAGUUUACACCAUAUGAACCAGGAAUGGCACCAGCACUCAUCAUAAACCAUACUCGUGAACCAAUAAAGUUCACCGAGAAGGGAUGUAAGGAGAGCAGGACAUUGAAGCCACAUGAACAAGUGAUGUUUACCUGGGAGGAUCCAGCCGGAGCUAGAGAGUUGCAGUGGACUUCACCCAAAAAGAAAGAAAUAUCAGUUGAUCUACGUAAGGAUGCAGUUGACAGGACGCAGUUGACAGACAAUACAGAACUGUGGUGGGUUUCCUUUUUGGACGGCUUGCAGCGCAUUCUUCUCUUCACGGAAGACAUGGCGAUAGUGACUGCGUGCCAAGCCGCUGGGGACCUGGAGCCAUUUGACAGAGACAUCAAGCUGUCAGUACACGGUGUCGGACUGUCCCUGGUGAACAACGUUGCUCGUACAGAGGUCAUGUACCUUGGAAUCGCAAGCUCUGGUAUCAUCUGGGAGACGUGCAAAUGGAACGGCAGGCGCUUCAAGCCACUGAGUGUGCGGGACGGGGCGUCGCUGGAGCUGGCGUACCAGCGCCACCUGCAGGAGGCGGCCGUGGGGCAGCAGCCGCCCACCUCGGUCCUGGUCGACGGCAAGGUCGAGGUGGACUUCAAGGCGGAGGAGAUGAUACGGCCGAGCCGGCGCAGGCUGCGCCGCAACUACCACACGGGCCUGUGGAUGCAGCUGCGCACGUCGCCGCACCAGACGCAGCUGCACGCCAAGAUCAACCGCCUGCAGAUCGACAACCAGAUGUUCGACUGCAUGUUCCCCGUCGUGCUGGCGCCCGUGCCGCCACCCAGGAGUGUCGCUGCCGACAACGCGCUGAAGCCCUUCGCGGAGGUGAGCAUUGUGCAGAGGAUAAUGGAGCACAGCCCUGUGCAGCAGUUCAAGUACUUCAAGGUGCUUAUCCAGGAGUUCCACAUAAAGCUCGACUUGGGCUUCAUCAACAGCCUCAUCCAGCUGUUCAUGGCAGACGAACUCAGUGACGCGCAGGAGGCAGAACAGUUUGCAGCCGACUUAAAGGUGGUCGAGGAGCCUCUCCAGAGUCACGUGUCGAUGCAGUCUUCACAGGAGCAGAAGAACUUUUACGAUCUCCUGCACUUCUCACCGCUUAAGGUUCACCUGAGCUUUUCUCUGAGUGGAGGCGACUCGGGCUCGAACCAGCUGACACAGACGCCGCUGUUCCUGAACGUGCUGCUGCAGAGCUUGGGUGUGACGGUGACAGACAUGCAGGACGUCAUCUUCAAGCUGGCCUACUUCGAGCGGCAGUACACAUUCCUGACGCAGUGGCAACUGGUGUCGGAGGCGAUGUCACACUACGUGGGGCAGACAUUGAAACAGAUAUACGUGCUGGUGCUUGGGCUGGACGUGCUGGGAAACCUGUACGGCCUCGUUGUGGGGCUCACACAGGGUGUGGAGGACCUCUUCUACAAGCCCUUCCAGGGAGCCAUCGAAGGUCCAGGGGAGUUUGCCGAGGGUCUGGUUUUGGGUGUGCGCAGCCUGUUCGGACACACGGUUGGCGGGGCUGCAGGUGCCAUCUCCCGUAUCACUGGUGCCAUGGGGAAAGGCCUAGCAGCACUAACGUUCGACAAGGAGUACCAGCGCAAGAGGCGGUGUAGUUGA